UCAAAGGAAAGUGACAAUUUUAUGUAUAAUUUUUGUUUGUUUUGAAUUUUGAUUUUAGUGUAUUUUGUUAAGAUUUUUAUAUUUUAUAAAUAAACUGACAAUUAUUGUAGCGUCUAUGAUUUAAAAUAAUUCUUUCCGCGACAAAAUUACCUACCUACAUGUAUUUUAACUUGUUUUACGGUAGGCCAUAAAACAGACUUUAAAACUUAAGAUGACUACAUUAAUUUUAGCACAUAAAUUACUGUCCGUAAAAUUGGACAAAGCAGAAUUCGAGAAAAAUAAAUGGUUGAGAUACGAUAACACGGAAAAGAAGGACAAAAUGAUUAAGCCAUUAAAAGGCAUUAUAGAUCAACAAAUUCCAGAUAAAACGUGCAGGUUGUGCCUGAAACCUGGAUUGCUUCCGAUUUUUGAAAGUAACCCAGACACCAAUAUUGCUAAUAACAUUAAAUGCAUAUUGGGAAUAGAGAUAUCUGACAAAGAUGGUAAGCCGCAGCACAUUUGCAAAUCCUGUGCAACAGUUGUUAACAGUGCUGUAGAAUUAAAACAGAUAGCAGAAAUCACUCAAUGGAGAUUAGAACAGGAAUUGGAAAUGGUGUCCGAAACUACAAGCGAGCAGGAGAGACAAACGGUCCAGAAACACCAUGGUGGUUAUUUUAUAGAAAGUGGCACACACAUCUCGAGAGAAUGGAUUUGUAGCAGAUGUAAGCGGAUAUUUCAGAAUCAUGAAGAAUUUAUGGAGCAUGAACAAUUGGAAACAUGUCGAAAAGUAAAAUGCUAUGUUUGUGAAACAUGUGGUGUAGAAGUCAAGACGGUCACAUGUUUGAAGAGGCAUAGAUUAAUCCACACCGGCGAGCUCCACUACCCCUGUACUAGUUGUCCAUACCGUGCCCGCACUAAGUACGCUCUAAUCGUACAUCAGCGGUCGCAUACAGGUGACCGUCCAGUGCGGUGCCCACACUGCCCUGCCACCUUCCCCAACUCGUCCAAUUUGGCGUCACACAGGCGCAGCCACUUUCCACCGGCCUACCACUGCCACUUGUGCCAGAAGGGGUUCAAGUUUAAGGAGGGACUUCGAAAUCACAUGGCGAGUCAGCACAGCAACGCGAAGCCCUUCACUUGUCUAUCAUGUGGGAAGGCAUUUUCGACACGGAAGAUGAUUCGGCGUCAUGAACGAAAAGCUCACAAUCGGCCAAAAAUGAGAUCCGGAGUUGUGCCUAGUUAUGUGAAGCAAUUGCAAGAAUUAUAGUUAAUUUUAAGAAUAAAGUAAUAGUCAAUUCAUUCUACUACUUGUGUUAUACUUUAAAUUACUUUAUUGUCAUAAAAUUAACAAUUA